CUGAACCUGGAAAAGUGCGAACUGAUCUGGUCUACUGCUCAAGGUUUCCACGCCUGUCCCCCAGGACCCCGAUCGUACUCAUCUGGCGAUUGAGGAAGAAGGACUGCCGCCGCCGCCGCAUAUUCUGUGCCGCUUUUACCAAGUGGAAAAAGGAUACGUGGACCAAUUGAUGUGAUGGACUGGUGCGCCAAUCGCAGCCAGAAAUAAAGGGAAGCCACUUCUCUUCACCUCUUCCCCUCACUCACAGAGACCAGACCUCAGACAUCAUUUAAGACUUUGACACAAUGGAAUCCACAAGCAACACCAGAACAGAGAGAGCUGAAAGCUAUAUAAUCUAUACCAAAACCUUGUUCCAAAACUACUAUAAGCUCAAACAAACAACAAAGAAGCAUAUCGACCUUGUAUACAAGUUGACUAUGGGCCGACAAGCUCCUCCCAAACUGGACUCAUAUCAGGGAAUUUCAAGAGCUCUUCGCUUCCUUGGGGCAGGUAUCGGCCCAACAGAUCCCAAAAACCUUCUCAUAGCAUGGGUUCAUACAAAAAACAAGUCGGUACAUAACUCCGUUCAGGAAUUCGAUCACCGUGGACUAGAACGGCAGGCAGCUAAAACCCUUUGGGGUUUCUAUGAGCUGAAAAUGAUUACAGCAGAGUGGAUGCAGGGAAAAGACGAGGACUACUUGGUACACCUGGGGAAAGCAGCGAUGCAUAUCUUUGCCAGCUAUACUGCUGCAGCGCUACGUCCCAUCCCCAUCAGGGCCUGGAGAAAGUUGGAAAUUAAGGUCGUCAUUAGACGAGCUUGGGACCAAAGCAAGGCCCAGAACGCAUAUGUCCGACUUGUGCACUCGUUACGCCUUCUCGGUGUGACUCAAGAGAAGGGGGAAGAAUUUGACCCGAGCCAACGAGGGCCAAGACAAGGAGGAUGUGAAGGAUCUGGUUCGACAGGACUCUCCAGUACGGCUCAGCAACCCUAAAGUAUCGAAACCUUUCCAAGCUGUCACCAGGGAAAAUGCCAUGAACGUGAACGACGGCGCGGAGGUCAUCAAGGCCAACGAAAUCAUUGCAGAAGAGAUAGUAGUGAUUCCGUUGUAGAAAUUGGACGAUCUAGCAACCACCUUUACCACACACCGCGCGAUUGAGGACUAGGAAUCUGAAUUCCCUUCAUCUAGACAUUUAUCUACCAGUAGACACAAAGCCAGCAAUGUCC